UUUUUUCAGUCAGAAAAACCAGUUUUAAGUUCAAUUUUCGAUUUCUUCUAUAAACUUUUGUGACCCAUUUUUCCUUUCUUUUCAUUAUCGCACACCGCGGCGCAUGUUUUGUCUGAAAGUUUGGUCGACAUGACCACCAUGGAGACCAUGCUCUUGUCCAUUAUAACUUGCCAUCUGGCUCAUUCCAAUAGUUCCUCAAAAUGUCAGUCAUUGGAUCGAGCAAAUGGCUAGAUGCUCAAGCUGAACAUCAAGCUGCUCUCAGAACAAUCCCUUCGUGCCUAACUUUAUGUGAUUUGAAAAAUGAUAACUACAACAAAUUGGUGGCAGCGGAAAUACCCGCGGAUCUUGUGUCAAAGUCACACCUUAAGGUGUACAAGGGAACAACACUGGUUAGUGAACAAGGACUUCCUGGGAUUCCCGUUGCCGUCGAAAGUCUCUACACUGAGGAAUAUGAGCCAAAAGUUCCUAUAAUUGCCGUGGCUGUUGGACCAUCUGUUCUCUUCUAUCGAAACAUGAAACCAUACUUUAAGUACACCCUGCCGGGUCUUGAGGUGGAGAGUAUAGAGCACGAUGUCUGGCGAAAAUUGCCCACAGAGCGUCCGGAGAAUGUGCGAUCGCUAAUUACUAGCCUGAGAACAGUGGAAAUGAGUCGAUUGACUGUGACAUCGCAGAAGCUCCUUGGAAUGCCCGAUGAAGAGGUACAGGGAUACAUUCAUGAUCACCGUGACACAGCACUUCAACGUCUCUCCACCAUCACAGCCAUGACCACUCUUAGGAGAACAUCGAAUGAUGCCAAAGCCGUCUCGUGUCUGGUAAUUGCCAGUGAAUCUGGUGAAAUAUUUAUUCUGGACUCACAGGCAUUUACAGUGUUACACCGGGCCAGAUGUUGUCCAUCGCAUGGAACACCGUGCAUGAUAUCAGUUAGUGGACACUUUGACAUCGAUUUUCGCAUUGUGGUGUCAACUCGCGAGGGUGGAGUGAGUAUCUUAAGAAAAUCAUGGCUCGAAGGACGACAGAUAAUACGGUUGGAUCACCCAACAACGGGUCUUGCCAUUCUGCCCAUCGAUCAGACAAUUGUCGUGGUGUGCAUGAAUAAUUCCCUAAUGUGCUACUCCAAGAAGGGCAAGAGACUCUGGUCAGUCACUCUGCCAUUCCAUUCUAUUUGCAUGGUACCCGUGCUCCUAUCCCAUCUCGGAAUGACUCUUGUAUGUGUCGCUCUCUUUGGCGGCUUAGUUCAGCUCUACUUGGGCAAGAGUCUUGUGGAUCAAUUUACAGCUCCAGACACCGUGUCUGCAAUGACCUUUGGCCGUCUCGGUCAGGAAGAUCAUGUUCUUGUGUUGGUUACAGUGGAUGGAUCACUCAUCAUUAAAAUACUCAAGCGUACCGCAGAAUUCUCACCACGAUUGAUCGGAAAUGAGGUGACGGGCAAAUUAUCCAGCAACACUACCGAGGACAGUUCCAAUACGGGCAAUUUGCGCAUACCGAAAAAAACGAAAGUUUUCGUGGAACAGACAAUUCGUGAGAGAGAAAAUGCUUCAGCCAUCUAUCAAUCAUUCCAAUCUGAGCUCUGGCGACUUCGGCUUACAGCCGCUCGAGCCACAGUGGAUGUGAUCAAUCUGGCAGAAAGUACCUUGUCCGGUGAUGGUGGUUUUGCCCCCAUCAAAUUGUCAGCCGAAGUAUUGGGUCUCGGUCCUGUCUUUCGUCUCAAACUUCGCCUAGAAAAUAUGGCAAGUCGCCGGCGCGAAGCUAACAAUUUAUGCGUUCUUCUUCAUGCGGAAAAUCGUCACUAUACACUUGAAAAGCCAUUCGCUCGAUUGCCCGCACUUGCACCUGGAAUUCCACUCACCAUUGACUUCAAAGUCACCGUCAUCAUCGAUCCCACAGAUGGUCUCCCACCACCUGAUCUCACACCCGAUAACUCCGUGAUUAGAGUGAUGAUCUUCAAAUGUGGUCAGGCAAAGCCACUAAUAGCAGCAACAAUUUCCAUGCCUACACCCGAACUUCAGGCAUUAGAAGUAUAUUAAAAGGAAUCACAGAGUUCAAUAGGUCGCUUAAUGAGAUUGGUAAAAUCAAAAUGAUAUAAAUAAUGUAUGGAAGUCAAUAAAUGAGGUAAUGAAGCUCACUCUUAGUCAAAUUCACCUCAGUAAAAUUCACGACAUCGGACCAAUUGCACGUAAUUGAAAAUGGGUAUAGAUCAAGAACAACUCUUCAUGGAAACUGUGCACAAAUACCAAAGUUUCGGUAUAGAAUUAACAAAUCAGAGUUCUUCUGAUGACUUCAGAGUUUACGGAUUGUACAAGCAAGCUAUCUCUGGGAAUUGUACAAAACCAAUACCCAAUCGAUAUGACCGAUUGAAUGUGAAGAAAUACAUGGCUUGGAAUGACUUAAAAGGAAUGAGUCAGGAUAAGGCUAAGGAACUCUAUGUGAAAGAAAUGAAGAAAGUAAUGCAGAAAAUUAAUGAAUAAACAGUGACAUUUGGCAAGUAAAGCAGUUAUCGAAGACAAUAAAUACUAUGCAUAUUAAUAAGGAGACAGUUUUAAUUGUCAGGGAAAUACAAAUAAUUGACCAUUUGUUCUUGCAAUGUAUAAAAUGUUGAGUUAAUUUUUCUUUGGCAUUCAGUUUCCUUUUGUACACUACU